AUGCACCAACGCAGAAUUCCGUCUCAAGCGUGCAAGAAAGAUGUGAUAGAGAAGAACACGCAGCGUUUGGAGGCUGCCGAGGAACGAAGAAAGCGUCAGGAGAAGAAAUUGGAAUUGAUUAAUCAACUCUCUGCGGAUAUUUUCUCCCAGUGGGAAGUGCGCAACAUCGCUUUUCGUACUCUCUUUGUCGAUGAGGGUCUCACUAUCUCAGCUUCUAGAUCAAACAGUGGUCGCUCGACAAACACCCGACGCUCCCUGACAAGUCAGUCUGAUUCCCAUCAACAGGCGGAGGAUGAACAGACCAAAGUACGAACUCUGCAUGAUAGAUUCAUGAAGAACGGUAAGUAG